AUGAUUAAGUUUCGAUACAAGCGGAAGGAGUCCAGCGAUGGCGGCAGUGGAAAGAGUGGGACUGCUAUACAGAAGCAAAAAAUUGAAGGUCUCCGAGACCGUGAACUGUUGCCGCCCAAAGAUAUGAUGCUGGUGGGCUCAGUAGCUGGAGUGCGACAUAACACGCUGCCGCGGUCUCGCCCGCCAUCCGCUGCACACCGAGACUCGCCUGAACAACUGUUGAAUCCAACUACGAUAUCCCUGUUCCGAGAACUAUUCGCUCAGCUGCAAUGGUCGGCGGAGCGCGCACCGGCGGCAGACAGCCUGCGUCGCGCGCUUGGUGGCGGCGGCGCUCGCUUCCAACUAGGCUGCAUGGCCGACGCGAGCGAGUGCUUCGAGCAUCUCCUCCUCAGAGUGCACGCCCAUGUUGCAGCUGGGAGUGGAGACAAGAGAGAAGACGAUGCUUGCAGAGCCCCACACUGCGUGCCACAUCGCAAGUUCGCCAUGAUGUUGGUCGAGCAAUCAGUCUGUGGGGCUUGCCAAGCUACGUCCGAACCAUUACCGUUUACUCAGAUGGUGCAUUAUGUAUCCGCAACAGCGUUGACAACACAAGCUGCUUUUGGCGAUCACAGUGACAGCUUUGGCACUUUGCUAAGAAAAGCGGGAGGAAUGGGCGAUAUACGGGAUUGUCCAAAUGCCUGCGGUGCAAAGAUUCAAAUUUGCCGAACUCUCAUGAAUCGACCAGAAGUCGUAUCAAUUGGGAUGGUGUGGGAUUCCGAGCGACCAUCCGCUGAACAUGUAGCAGCCGUGUACGCAGCUCUUGGUACUGAAUUACGACCAACCGAUGCCUUCCACGCCUGUGUCGAUUGCGCUUGGGCUGCUAGGGCAACACACCGUCUAGUUGGACUCGUCACUUAUUACGGCAAACAUUACUCCACAUUUUUCUUUCAUAGCAAACUACAACUAUGGAUAUAUUUCGAUGACGCUGACGUAAAGGAAAUUGGGCCAGAAUGGUCUCAAGUAGUCGAGAAAUGCCGAAGAGCUAGAUUUCAGCCACUCCUAUUAUUAUAUGCCGCGGUUGACGGUACACCGUGUGAUACUCGUCAUGCUCCAAAGGAAGUUGUUCCAUUCUCAGCCCCAGAACCGAGGCGGGCAAUCACACCUGCACCAGAAAGACCAACAGCUGGAUUUGCAAGAAGAGCUGUUACUCCGGGUCCUGACAAUGAAAGUGACUAUGUCAGUAGAAAAGCUGUAGAGAAUAUGUUAGAUGUUCAUGCUAGUCGACGGGCACAAUUAGCUCGAAGUUUGAGUGCAAGCUCAGCUUCAGAUACACAAGAAAGACCAAGAUCUCGGAGAGACUCCGGAAAUUGGAGUGGAGAUCGUAACAGUGCAUCUUCCGCGUCUUCUUCAACAGCGGACAGCCCCUAUAUGUACCCUAGGGGUAGAGGAUCAGGAAGUGUUCCUAGUAGUCCGACUCGCAAAGGAGAGUUGUCGAGCGGUGGAUCCUGUGACACUGGGUAUGAUUCAUAUUCUUUGUCGUCAACUGACAGUCUUCCUCAGCAACAAAACCAUAGGCCCCCAAAUUUACAACUAGCACAGAUACCAGAGUUAACUACUCGUGGUGAUUGUGAUGCUCUUUGUUCGGAAGCAGACACAUUGCUUGAAAAAUCUCGCCACGCAGAAGAUGCAGCUGAUUACGAUACCGCUCUUCUUCUUUGUGACAACGCUGCAGCUAAGGCUCGGGCUGCAAUGGACGCACCGUACAAUAAUCAACAUACAAUGACAGUUGCUAGAAUGAAACACAAUACUUGCGUGAUGAGAGCACGAAGCUUACAAAGAAAAAUGGCUGGUAUGACUAGACCACCGGAAGUUGCUCUAACAGCUCCCGUAAGAAAUACUAAAGGUGGGCUGGAAAACUUACCUUCCAUCGAAAUUUAUGCAACUUUGCCGAAAAAGAAGAGCUCGUCAAAGAAAUCUCCAAAGCACAUUGAAGAUGACAUUGACCAUACUACACGUGAACGUCCUCCUAGACAUAAAUCUCGCGAUGAAGAAAAAAGCCGUGAAAAACGAUCUAGAAGUGAAGACCGAGGUCGAGGCCGAAAAGAAGUUGCUGUGACCACAGAGAAAAAGGACGAGCCUGUAGAUGAUAAAAAAGCUAAUAAAAAACAGCAUAAAAUCCGAAGAAAAUUGCUAAUGGGUGGGUUAAUAAGAAGGAAAAACAGGUCAAUGCCUGAUUUGACCGAGGGUGCUGAUAAUAAAAACGAAUCCAAAAGUAAAGACAAACGCAUAACUUCAAAAGAUGAUGCUGAUGUGGAAAGAAAAAAGCAUGAGGAGAAAUCCAAUUUAAGUGGUUAUCUAUCAGAAGGGCAUUUAGAAUAUUCAGCUGCAAGUGGCACCAAUCCUAAUCUCGAAAGGAGCAAGCUCAUGCGAAAGAGUUUUCAUGGCAGCGCUGGGAAAAUACUAACUGCAGCUAAAGUACCACCCCCUCCGCCACUGCGCACAACUUCUCAGCUUAGCGGGUCUAAGUUUGAAGCAGAAGUAAUAGAACAUGGAAUGCAAAAUCGUCCACCGCAACCUUUACCAAUAGUAAACCAAGGCGAUUACUCAUACGUUCAAAACGAUGACAAUGGUGGAUUUGUAGAACCAUACGGAGAUGAACCUCAGUCAUUACCGUUUUUACCGUCUUACGACGGUCAACCUGUGAACCAUUACAAUAGACUGGAUGAUUCACCACCACAAAACUUCCUUACUGUUGUGACUAAAGCGAUGAUUCAUCAUGAACAAAGUCCCGUAAAAAGGGAUACAAUGCAAAAUAUACUACCGUCACAGAAUAAUAUUCAAAAUCUAAGUACCGCUUUUGAUAAUGGCGUCGAUGUUGUCGACUUUGCUUUACCAAUGAGAAGAUCACCACUCAUGUUCGAUUUGCCUCCAUAUCCCAGUCCCAUGAAUUCGGUAAACCAUUCCAGACAGCCCAGCGAAGAAUUCCCACCUCCACCUCCACCAAUCGAUUUAACACCACUUCAGGAUGAACUAAAUAAAAUUCAUCAUCAGUAUACUGAAGAAGACAAAGAAAUUCCUAAAGAUUCACUUUUAGCGCAAUUACAAGAAAAGAGAAAUCAAAUUCUUAGAAAUGAAGAAAGUACCAUCAAACAUACACAAUUUGAAACAUCACACAUUCAAACAGAUACUUGGCUUAGGGAAUUACAAGCUAAACAAGCAAGUUUAAAACUUAGAAGGUCAGGUUCUCUCGAAGGUCAACUUUCUAGUCCAAAUGAGAAUAAUACUAACAAAUUAAUUGAAACUAAUAACAAUGUAAGAAAUAUAGCAUCGAGAUUUGAAUCUAACGCACAAAAUGUGACUCCCGAAGCAGAUCGAUCGCAUGUAGGUUUCAUAGGCAUGAGCGGUAACAGGGAUGUCAUUAAUUGCUCGAAUCAGUCAAACACUGGGAUUUACAGUCGACGUGCAUCUUCCUCAUCUAUUGAUCCCAAACAGAUGGAUGAUGAAUAUAACGAACAAAAACUGACCAAUAACAAUAAUGCACCUUACGGGGAUCGAUCGAAGCCCAAAAAGAAGUCUGUAUCUUUCUGCGAUCAAGUCAUUUUAGUUGCAACAGCAGAGGAUCAAGAAGACGACAGUUAUAUUCCAAAUCCCAUAUUAGAACGAGUAUUAAAGUCUGCAAUGAAUAAACCAGAAUUAACUACAAUGCCACUGCAGACCGAGAAACCUUCACUGCAACGACAAGAUUCAUUUGACAGUCAAUCGUCACGGUCAACGAUAUCAUCACUAUCUCAAACGUCAUAUGUACCUAGCGAAACUGUUCACGGUGAACAUUGCCGACCUCAAAAUUAUCCCACAUAUCAAAUCGUACAAACACGCCACCAACAGCAGUGUAAUUCGCAAAAAUCCACCGGGAUGCACGGAACCAACUCCCCGGUUCAACUGACACAGAAUCAGAAUGCCAUAAACAAUAAUCAGAUAUAUCAGACGUUACCCGUAAGUUCACAAUGUUCAACGAAUCCUAUUCCGUACAGUCAGCCGCCAUCAGCUUAUCAGACUCAUAGCAACGCAAGCCCACCGACUUUUAGUCAAAAUCCUGCUAACAGACUGACGCCAACUGCCACGCCGUAUAUGUCCAAGCAUGUGCCUAAUCUGCAAAGGCCUGUUCCAAAUAUAUUUCCGCAUCCACCGAGCCAACUUAGCCCUAUAAACCAAACGCCGAAUAACGCUUAUUAUCAUAGACUGCCACAACAAACUUCAACGCUUCCUAAUAACUAUCCUUCGAAUCGUCAAUUUAAUCAGAAUUUACAUAGUAACAACCCGAAUUACCAAAGCAUCCCCACCAAUUCACCGGCUUAUCAGAGCUAUCACAACCCACCGACAAGCUAUGCUAGCUCCGAUUAUUCUAGUCGAUAUCCCCAAGUGAAUAGUACAAACCACUACAGUGCUACGCAUUCACCAUAUCAACGAGUUCCUCCUCCACAUGGUGAAGUGCCCGUCGAAAGCUACAACAAUAAUAAUUAUCCGAAAUCAUCAAGCAACUACUACAUUGACACUAAUACAAAUAACCAAAACCGCCUGCCAGACGCGAGGCAUUACGCUAAUUCGCAACAUCAGCCGCGAUCUAAUUAUAAUCAAAAUAUUAUCGUCGAUAGCAAUAUGACUAAUAGUGAGCAGAUUUCACAAUAUCAAUACCAAAACACCUAUAAUCCUUACCAACAAUUACCACCGCCAAAACAAAUACAAAAGAAAUCUGUAUCCUUUGAGCCGGGAACAAAAGGCGGAACUGACUCUCCGAUACCACCGCAAAUGAACGCAAACAACUACAGUAAUGGAGAUGCACAAAACGUUUUAACGUCUAUACAAAAAUCUGUUUGUAGUUUGUGUCGAAAGAAGAGUGUGAGCCCGCCGGCUAUGUAUUGCCCAGAUUGCGAUUUUUAUAUGUCAAGGUUCAAACCACGUUCAUAG